AACAGCUACGACUCUGAUGAAGGCACCACGCUGGGAGCACUGGAGUUCAGCUUGCUCUAUGACCAGGAGAACAGCUCCCUGCACUGCACCCUCAUCAAGGCCAAAGGCUUAAAACCAAUGGACUCAAACGGGCUGGCAGAUCCUUACGUCAAGCUGCACCUCUUGCCUGGAGCCAGCAAGUCAAAUAAGCUGAGAACGAAGACUCUGCGCAACACCCGUAACCCCGUGUGGAACGAGACCCUGGUGUACCACGGCAUCACAGACGAGGACAUGCAAAGGAAAACCCUCAGGAUCUCUGUGUGCGAUGAAGACAAAUUUGGCCACAAUGAGUUUAUUGGAGAAACUAGAGUUUCCUUGAAAAAACUCAAAGCCAAUCAGAAAAAGAACUUCAACAUCUGCUUGGAGAGAGUAAUACCCAUGAAGCGUGCUGGAACAACUGGCUCAUCCCGUGGGAUGGCACUGUAUGAAGAGGAGGUAGACCGUGGCGGGGAUGUGGAGGAGCGUGGGAAGAUCCUCGUGUCCCUCAUGUACAGCACCCAGCAGGGCGGCUUGAUCGUGGGCAUCGUACGCUGCGUGCACUUAGCAGCUAUGGAUGCCAACGGAUACUCGGACCCUUUUGUUAAACUUUGGUUGAAGCCUGACAUGGGAAAAAAGGCCAAGCACAAGACACAGAUUAAGAAGAAAACGUUGAAUCCCGAGUUUAACGAGGAGUUCUUCUACGAUAUAAAACACAGCGACCUGGCCAAGAAGUCACUGGACAUUUCUGUCUGGGAUUACGACAUCGGAAAAUCGAAUGAUUACAUCGGCGGCUGUCAGCUCGGCAUCACGGCGAAGGGGGAGCGCUUGAAACACUGGUACGAAUGCUUGAAGAACAAGGACAAGAAGAUUGAACGCUGGCACACCCUCCAAAACGAGAACCACGUCGCCAGUGAUUAA